CAGUCUGGGCAACUGAUUGUUAUCACUUGCUUUUGCACAAGUGCAGCUAGCAACAUAGUACUUGUCAGUGUGUUCUAAGUGAACUAAGCUUAGGGAUUGCUGCCAUUUUGUGAUCUGACUUCCUGAUUCCUUCUCAACCUAAUCUUACUUGAGCUACCAUUCUAUGUUAAGGAGGGUGGUGAAUCACCGCAACUAACAUACGUUGCAAGUGACUCAAAUAUUAGAUGUUCACAUUUCCAUCGACUAACCGACUUUCCUUAUGUCAUUGAACUCAUUUUCUUAUUUUCUACCCUUAGUGGUCUAGCCAGUCAGGAAGUUCGAUAAGUUGGACAUCGAGUAACAGAAUAUCAUGAUAUCUCCAAAGAUGUAGCUAGUUGGCAAAUGAUAAACGAGCUUUCUGUACACGUCUUGAGAUUUUGUUAACAACCAAUGCACUAAUUCUGAUUUAAGUUGCUUAAAUAAGUGAGAUCAGGUGCUACAGAGUACUCUUGCACCAUCUUGCACUUGACAGGCGAAAAAACAUGGUAUUUAUAUUCCGAUUUGUAAUCAGGGCGUUCAAAAGACUUCAUUUUGAAAUCAUAUUGUUAAAGAUUACUCCAUGCUUAUUAUUUGUACACACAAUUAGUUGAUCAUGCCAUUCUUAUAUAGCGCCUAAUCCCCCUACUAAACAUUUUACCUUCAGUUAAUAUACAUUGAACAAUUAUCCUUUUGUGAUGGUUUCUGGAUCGCUGAGCAACUUCUCAUCAGCAGUUAGCAAAACUGGAGGAUGUAUAAGUGCAAUUUAUGAACUCAUGGAAAAAUCUCAAGAUUUUUUACUGAAAAAUGUUCAAACAUUGGACUCUAUCUUUGAAGAAUUCGAUAUUGAAAAAUUUGGCAUAUUGCAUGCAGCUAUAUUACAUGCCAAAUAUAUUUCACAGACACCUACUGACAAAGAAUGGAUGAUAAUUCAAACUCAAAAGUUCUUUCAUCUCUGUACUCCAGAGUCAAUGCAAAAGGUUCCGUCAUAUGUUCGUGUAAUUUCACAUGAAUUUACCAACUUUUUAAUAAAUAUGGGAGCUGCACAUAAAGGAAUCGGAUGCAUACUGAAUGGUAUUCGAAAACUUCAGAAAUCUCCAGAGUACCUUACUCCACUCCACUGUGAUCUUUGUCAGCUUGCAUUGGCUGCUAAAAUGUUUAGCCCAACACUUUCAAUACUAGAUACAGAUAUACUGGAAAUUGAAAGUAGUUCAGCUCUUGAAUUAAAUGAUUACUUACUGUAUUUUUACUACGGGGGAAUGAUUUAUGGAGCGGUGAAAAAUUGGCAGAGAAGCUUGCAUUUUUUUGAAUUGUGUUUACUUGUUCCUGAAUCCUCAACAAGCUGCAUUGUAACUGAGGCCGUCAAAAAAAUCAUAUUAAUAUCUCUUAUUGUAAAUGGGAAAUUCAGUAUGGUCCCUGAGGAGCCCGUUAUGCUUUUUGCAUCACCGAGACCAUGGAAAUGUCACUGUCAACCGUACUUGGAACUAGCUACAACAUUUCGAUCUGAUAAUCCUGAAGAUUUAAUACAUCUUGUUAAUCUUAAUCGUGAGACAUUUGUGGCAGAUUACAACUUUGGAUUGGUCAAACAAGUUGUCAAAUGCCAUGUGCAGUUUCGCAUCCAAAGUCUAACAAAGACUUUUAUGACGCUGUCUCUUAUUGAUGUUGUCACGCGUGCAAAGCUUUCUGCGACACACGAAGCCGAAAAGUUCAUAUUGGAUAUGAUCAAAUCAAAGUCUAUUCUUGCAAGUAUUAAUCAGCAAAGCGGAACUGUUCACUUUCUCGAUGAUCCUGAACAUUACGAUUCAGCUGAAAUGCUCCGGAUCCUUCAAGAUAAGAUGAAUGAAUGCAUGAAGCUGGAAAGCUAUUUUAUGCAGCUAACUGAUGAAUUGGUAACAAAUCCUGCCUACGCUAAACGAAUGCUUGAACUCGAAACGAAGACGACAAAGUCAUCGGUUCCGUAUUAAACACAAACUCCUAUCAAAGAAAAAAGUAUUAAUUAGUUUUAUUUACCGUCUGUCUGUAUUUGUACAAAAUCGUGUUUUUUUUCGAAGUUAACGUCCUUUGCUGAAAUAAAGAACAAACAAACAAGAAAUUGAAACAAUUAAAAAAAUCCACUUCACAUAAUUUUUUUCUUAAAUUUUAUGCCUUCAAUGAGUAAAAUAAUAUUUUUUACUUCAAUAACUUGGCUUUUAAUCCGUAGUGUUUGUAAGUUUAAUCAAUACCUUAAUUUUUAGAUGUAUUAUUAUUAUUAUUAUUUUCCUUCAUUCUUUCUUUCACUGAUUGCACUUAUACCAGAAACACGAAAUAAAUGUUAUUUUGUACAUAAACCAAAGUAUAUUACCUUUUGAGAUAACUUUGCCUCUACUAA